CUGAGUCGCAUCGGGCCUCAAGACACCUGAACUGCUAGACGCUCGUGAUGCUAGAUGUUUGUUGCUGACGGGUAUGGACGACGAUGAGCUCGCGAUGACGGGCCCUGGGCCCGACAUCGAUGAGCUCAUGUGCCCUGAGACCAUCAGCCAAGAUGUUGGGAGGCACCAACCACUUAGCUGGGCGGAUGACGACGAGUUGAUGUCUGUGGUUCAUGCUGACCCUCCUCAUCUCCAGUCAGAUGAUGAGCUCAUGAGUCCAGAAGUUGGGCCUGCGCCGUGGAAUGGGCCGUUGCGUGAGCGGUCAGUCACGGACUCCGGGAUCAGCUUUUCGCCAAAAAGGCAGUCAGACGAAGCUGAAUCUAGGAAAGAGGCAGAGAGGCUCAGGGACAGCUUGACGAAGGUCGACAAGGCUGUGCAAGCUGAAGACGACACGCUCGUUGACGCAGAGGGCAUUCGCUGCCAAAUCAUUGCCGGCUUCAACGGGUGUGAGCAACCGCCCAAACCAAAGCUCAAAGGCGUCGCACGCCGCGAAAGGUCCAGGUCACCCACAAGCUUGCGGUUGCUCCGGACUCCCAUCCAGAGUCCCGGGCUGUCGGGACGUGCUUGGCCCUCAGAUGCCUGAGAUUCCGGGCGAGCCACCUGGCGCUCGCCAGGUGCCAGUGCAUGAGCGACUAUAUGCCAGGAGCACGAGCGCCCGACGGCAGGCUGAAAGCCGGGAGGAGAAGGUGAGGCGUCCAAAGCCAGUCCCAGAUACAGGGCCUGCAGCCACUGCAUGCAAGCGACUGCAUGAAGAGAGCAAACACAAGCAAGCAGAAAUGGCAAGGAUCCGGGACAAAUAUGACAGAGAGUUUGCUGCGGUGGCCACAUUCUCCCCGAGCUCACGAUCUGAUGCAGGAACCCCACUGACGCCUCGCAGCAAAGCGCAGUUUCAGGCGUGGAUCUCGGAGCAGGAGAUGUGGGGGAAGAAGCGCAAUGAGAGGAGGGCCGAAAUGGUGAAAGGCCAGGAGGAGGAGGUAGAGAAGUACGCCAAGCUGCAUAGCGUCCACCGCAGCGCCUCUCAAGAUGUCGACAAAGCUACUUCCAGAUUGUACUCCUCAUGGACGCGAUCCAAGGAGAAGCUUCGCAAAAUGCGCGCUGAGCAGCUUCAGGAUGAGAUGGAGCACAUCCAACAAAGUUCAGUCCAUCGACAUCUGGUCAAUUCACCAGACAGGAGCUACAAGGUUCAAACCUCCAUCGAGCGUUUAUACCACCAGGACCUGCGAAAACGAGAAGAGUGGCUAUUGAGGCAGUUUGACGAGAAGUUGAAAGCUGAAAAAGAAGCUGAAGAGAAGCUUCUGAGGAAUUCAGUGCACUCAAAGCAUCGCAAGAAGGACGGCCGUGAGCAGCCUGCCACAGGGUCCGAAGGGCGAGGACAGAAGGGCCCUCAGGGAGCACACGCUAGCCCAGUGCCCAAGACGCGCAGGGCCAAUUUUUCUCCUCCUUCUCCUAUGCGACUGGGCUGGCUGGAAUGGAAGAGAAGCAUGCAGCAGAGAGACAACAACAAGCUUCACAAUGCAAAGGAUUUAACUAUUUGGCAUUCACCAAGUGGGCAAUCCAGCCGCGACCAGAUUCGACCGGCGCCGAUGCCGCAGAGUUCAGACUCAGAAUCUGUUUGCCUGAAGGCCCAAAAUCUCAGAAGCUCUCCAGAAGCGAGUCAGGUAAGUCCUGCAAGCUCUGCAGAGGAAGAACAGAUCACACAAGCUGGCAACAAUCUGCCGCGAGGCAAAGCAUUAGAUCUGAAAGCAGCGUCCGAAAGCCCGACAUCAGUUGUUGGUUACGAUGGCAGCAGUAUUCAAAGCAUAGAGCCCGGCAGGCAGUCUCAUAGCCGGCUGGCUGACGACAAACAAGGCCAGGCUCAGGAGUCAGAGUCAGAAGAUGAGUCACCAGCUCCCAGCCAAGAUGACAUCACGGCAGAUAGGCGAGCGAAGGCAGCCACAAGGAUCCAGA